CCAAAUUAUUAUUUUUUUCUUUUUCUUUCAAAAAUAUUGAGCUGCAAAAUUCAUUCUAUUUAGGCCAUUUCAAGGUUGAGUUUAGGGUUUAAAGAUUCUCUCAUCAUCUUCGAUAACUCUGUAAAUCAAAUCGCCAUUUUUGAUGCGGUUACGAUUGUUUUCUCCUACCUUCUUCUUCCUCUCACACUUGCGUUUGAUUCGAAGACCUGCCUCUUCGCGUUUCUACGCCGUCUCUGCUUUUAACCCUAAUCUCUCAGAUUCCGAACAACAACUGGUGAAUCAUCCUAAUCUCUCCAAGCUCAAUCAAGCCAGUCUUCAGCGGUUCCUCAAUAGUACCAGAGAUGACCCAAAUCUCGCUUUGUCGUUUUUGGAACAGCUUAAACAACAUGGAGUUUCGCCUAAUGUUAAUGCUUACGCUACUCUUGUCCGAAUCCUCUCUACUUGGGGUUUGGACAGGAAGUUAGAUUCGGUUUUAGUCGAACUUGUUCAGAACGAGGAGCGUGGUUUCACUGUAAUGGAUUUGAUUGAAGUUAUUAAAGAAGAAGCUGAGGAGGAGGUCUUGAUCCGAGUCUCCGGUGCGUUGGUUAAAGCUUAUGUUAGUCUCGCUAUGUUCGACGAGGCUAUCGAUGUUUUGUUUCAGAUGAAACGAUUGAACCGUGUUCCUAGUAUCAAGUCCUGUAAUUUCUUGAUGAGCCGUUUGAUUGAGUUUGGGAAAACUGGUAUGGUUGUAGCUCUGUUUCGGCAACUUAAGCAGUUGGGUUUGUGUCCAAACGAGUACACGUAUGCAAUUGUGGUUAAGGCAUUCUGUAGGAAAGGUGAUUUCGAAGGAGCAGUUAAGUUGCUUUUGGAAAGUCCGACCGUGUUUGCUUAUAAGACGUUAAUUGAUGGGCUUUGUGCAAAUGGGCAGACAGAGCAAGCUGUUGUUUUGAUCAAAAAAUUGAUAGAUGAAAAAGUUCUGUCUGGUGAUGAUCUUAGAUUUGCGUUUAGCAUGGUGGUUCGCGGCUUUUGUAAUGAGAUGAAAACGGAAGCUGCGGAAAGUGUUAUUCUUGAGAUGGAGAGAAAUGGGUUUGAUCCUGAUGUUUUUGCUUGCUCGGCGAUGAUUGUUCGGUACUGCAAGGACAUGAAUUUAACUGAAGCGUUGGGGUUUUUGGAUUUAAUGUUGGGGAAAGGUCUGAAAAUAAAUUGUGUGAUUGUAAGUUCAGUCCUGCAGUGCUAUUGUAAGAUGGACAUGUGUUUGGAAGCAUUUGAAAAGUUCAAAGAAUUUAGCGGCAUGAACAUUUUCCUUGACAGAGUUUGUUACAAUGUCGCGUUUGAUGCUUUGGGAAAGCUUGGCAGGGUGGAAGAAGCUGUUAAGUUGCUUCAAGAAAUGAUGGAUAAAGGAAUGGUUCCUGAUGUCAUCAACUACACAACUCUGAUUGAUGGCUACUGCCUUCAAGGUAAAGUUGUUGAUGCCCUUGAUUUGAUUAAUGAAAUGAGUGGAAAUGGCAUCUAUCCUGAUUUAAUCACAUACAAUGUGCUUGUCAGUGGAUUGGCCAGGAAUGGUUAUGAGAAAGAGGCACAAGAGAUUUAUAAAAGAAUGAAAGCUGAGGGUCUAAAGCCCAAUGCUGUCACUCACAAUGUGAUCAUUGAAGGCCUGUGUUCUGCACGUAAAGUAGAAGAAGCCGAAGGUUUCUUGAGGAGUCUAGAGCAGAAAUGCCCGGACAAUUAUGCCAGUUUGGUGAAAGGUUACUGUGAAUCUGGCCUUUCUAAAAAGGCCUAUAAACAAUUCGUUAGAUUGGAACGCCCUCUGAGCAAGAGUGUGUACAACAAACUAUUCUUUAGUCUCUGCAUGGAGGGUUAUCUCGACAAAGCUCUUGACGUACUGAAGAUAAUGUGGGCUUAUCGAGUUGAACCUGGGAGGAGCAUGUGUGGCAAAAUGAUUGGGGCCUUGUGUGAGAUAAACAAUGUGAGAGAGGCACAGCUGCUAUUUGACACAAUGGUUGAGAGAGGACUCAUCCCUGAUCUGUUUACUUAUACAAUCAUGAUUCACACCUACUGUAGGCUGAAUGAGUUACAGAAAGCCGAUGAUCUUUUUGAGGACAUGAAGCAGAGAGGAAUCAAACCUGAUGUGGUAACGUACACGGUUUUGCUUAAUAGUUAUCAGAAGUUGGAUCCAGAGACGGGUUCUGUUCAAGGAGAAGAGCAAAAGAAGAGAGUUUCAGAGUUCUGGAGAAAGUUCACAGCUGCCGGCAUUGGACUAGACGUUGUAUGCUAUACAGUUUUGAUAGAUCGUCAGUGUAAGAUUAACAACAUAGAAAAGGCCACAAAACUCUUUGAUCGAAUGAUAGAAAGUGGGCUGGAGCCUGAUAUGGUGGCUUACAAAACUCUACUAUCUGGUUAUUUUCGCAGAGGAUACAUAGAUAAGGCAGUCGCACUUGUUACCGAAUUGUCAAAAAAGGAUAUUUUACUGACUGGACAUUUUGGGGAUUCAGUUAAGCACGCUGCUUUGAAGCUGAAGAGAUUACAACAAAAUCAGGAAUGAAGGAGGGUUAUAAUAAUGAGUGUAAUUUUUGAAGGUCAUCUAUCAUCUAUGUAAAUUGUUAACCGUACCGUGCACUUAAAUUAUAUGAAUUGUAUAUAAUUAGUCCCUCUUAUCUUGCUUUUUA